ACUAAAACUCGGAUAGAUCUCAGUGCAGUGCUUCCCUGUUCCCUCCAUCAAGAAACAGCAAAGAUCCAGUGCAGAGAGAGAGAGAAGCGCCAUGGCACUCUGAACAAGAAAAGAAAGAGCUAGAGAGAUCUCAGUCAGCCAGUCUCUCACAACACAAUGCCGGCAACCACCAAGCCGAUCUUGCUCCCAAGGGCGUGGGCAGCAGCGCCACUCCUCCUCCUGCUGCUGCUCGUCCUGCACGGGAGAGGAGGCCACUGCGUCGGCAUGGAGGCGGCGGAGCUGGAGAUGGACUCGGAGGCGCACCGGCGGCUGCUGUGGGAGGCGACCACGGGGCGGAGGUACAUCAGCUACGACGCCCUGCGGGGCGACGUGGUGCCGUGCUCCAGGACCGGGGUGCCCUACUACAACUGCCGGAUCUCGACCACCGCCAACCCCUACACCCGGGGCUGCGAGAGCAUCACCAGGUGCAGGGACGCGGAUCCCUAGGCUCUUGCUUUGCUUGCUCCGUCGCCUUGCAAAGGGAAGUGGGUGUGGGGCUGCUGCUCCUCGCUCCUUCGACGCUGCAGGGCGGUGUUGCUGCAAAUGCUUACUAAAUGAAGUGUAUUUUAUUCUGUCUUCUUCUUUUUUCUUUCUUCCUCUUUUUUUUUCUUGGUCGUCCUUCCUCCUUUGCCGGGAUAUUUAGUAAGUGUAGUAAUGAAGCACUAAUACUAAUGGAUGAAUCUCGUGUGCAAGA